AUUCUCGCGUUAAUCUCGUGUUUUCAUGGCUACAGCGUCAAAAUGGCGCUCAAUGGACCCUCGCUUCUUGUAACCUCAAGUUCUGAAGAAAUAAAGAAAAAGAAAGGAGGAUUUAAACUGCUUAGAAAACCAAGAGCACCAAAAUUACCACCCAUUCCUUUUCCCCCUUCCCCAGAUCCAGCUGAGAGACCAUUUUAUGAAAAUUAUGAUUUUGAAAAUGAAGAAUAUGAAACUUACAGUUCCUUUCAACAAUCUCCACCUCCAAGUGCUGUACCAAGUUUGAUAUCACCCCCACCCUCGGAAUCAAAUCCAAGACGAGGAAUUAGUCAGCGAACUUUACAUUUAUAUGGUUCUCCAUUGAGUCAUGUGAGUUACAUUGCCAGAGAGGACAGAAAAUAUGUUCUAGACCCACUAUAUAGAGAUAGAACAAGCUUGGGAACUUAUGUUGAUGGGAAGUCUCUUGUCAAACCUUUCAAACCAAGAGGUCCAGAUGGAUUGCCAGCUAGAGCCCCAAAACGAUACAAUGAAGUUCCAUUUAUACCUCCUGGAGAUCCUCAGGAUGAAUUUCACUAUUACCAGCCUCCAGCAUUUACUCUUGAAUCUUUUGUUGGAGAAUGUGCAGACGUAAUGAAAAUGCCUCUACCCAAGGUCAGAGAGGCUAUAACUUCAAAGCAUAAUUAUAAAAAGUUGACAAAUUUAUUGGCACGCAAGCAUAUCAUUCAAAGCAAUGAAGAAAUGCAUGUGAAGGAAUUUACUCCUGAAGAUCAAAAUAUACCACCUACAGAACCAAGAAUUCCACAGAGACAGCUUCUGGUAGAAAUGGCUGCCAUGAUUAAACAACAUGUCAGAGAUUUAAUGGGAACAGAAGUUAAAUCUGUGAUACGACCAUUAAAGAAGUACAGUCCUCAGUAUAAUGACGCUAAUAUUCCUCAUACUGAGAUUAUCUUGUAUGAAGAUGAAGAAACAGAUUUAACCAGAAGUUCAUUUCAACAAAGACAGGAAACAGAGGUACCAAGUGCGGACACAAUGUUCCAUUCUGCAAGAUCAAGAUACUUCCAAGGAUCUGGGAGGAGUCAAUCACCUUUCACUGCACCAGGAGAUGGUGUCAUUUCUCCCUCAGAGCUGGCAAUACUGGAUUGUCUUAUCAAUGGUGGAAAAAUUCUUAGUUUGAAGGCUCACUUCAUAUCACAAGUACCUGACCUUUCACCUUUGAUGAGGACUGUCACAUAUAUAAAUUUAUCUUUCAAUGAUUUCACACUAUUUCCUAGAGAGAUCUUAGGAAUCCGACAGUUGGAGGUACUGAAACUUAGGAACAAUCCUCUAAGAGAACUUCCACCUGAUAUUAACAGCUUACAGAACCUAAGAAUACUGGUUGUAUCCUUCUGCUUGUUAUCAUCUCUUCCAUUGGGAUUAUUCUCCUUGCCAAAAUUAGAACAUCUUGACAUAUCUUACAACAAGGUGACAUUUAUUCCUAUUGAAAUAAAAUACCUUACUAGGUGUUUACGAGAACUGAAUUUGGAGGGAAAUCAGUUACCAGCCAUGCCUAGUGGUGCAUUAGGAUUAGAGUUGGAUUAUCUGAAUGUGAAGAAUAAUUUCAUGCAUCCUUUAUUCUGGAAGGAAAAUACACAAAAUCAACCACAGAGACUGAUUGACAUGGCAGCUUUAAUGAUGUUUAAUUCAGAUCUACAUAUGCAUCCAGAACACUACCCAGAAUCUGUCAACAAUGUACUAGCUAGUCGAUCUGUUUGUGAUUGCUGCCAAGGUGCUUUGUAUGGGCCAGGACUAAGAAUAAUUCGACCAGUCAGCAAGCUACAUGGAAUUAAGAACUUACCAUUUAUAUUUAGGGCUUGCUCACCUAGCUGCUUACAAAGUUUUAAAAGCAGUAAAGAAACAUUAUCAGAAGUUUUAUAUGGUGUGAAAGACAGAGAAUAUGGAUUUGAUGAUGAGGAACAUCAUGAUCAGUUGUGAUGAUUCAGCAUAAGAUUUUCUAUUUUUAAUAUAUAAAAUAUAUAAAAGUUGAAUUUUAUGCUUCAAAGAUCUGACCUGAAUCGGUCAAAACAAAGUUUCAUGAUAUAAUAGAAGAGGCAUUAGAUGAAGGGUAUAAUGUAUUUUAGAAUACAACUAAUAUAAAGUACCCUUUUU